UAAUCAAGUGUAUUUGUUUUCGUUUUUGGUUAUGGUCUACAGUCUGUUGUGGUCUAAUUCUCUUACAGCCUACUUUUAAAUGCGAUAAUAUUAAAUUAUAUAAUUAGUAGGAAUUAAAUCUCCAACAUCUUAUUGUCAAUACUAGUAGUAUUGCCACUCAAUAAUUGUCAGUGUUUAGGUUACCUAUAAUGUUGAAGUUUAUGUAAUCAUGAAAUUUAAUGAUAAGGAAAUUGCAACUUUGAGUUUGGGAGAUGCAGAUUUUGAAGGACGACUGAAUUAUUUAAAAACCUCCAGCAAUAGUUUUUCUUCGAACAGUGGAAAUUUCAAAGAACGAUGGUUUAAGCUCAAAUGCAAUCUCCUCUUCUAUUUCAAGUUGAAUGAUCUUGGGCAAAUUGAUGUGAAACAGCCAGCAGCUGGAGUUUUUGUUCUUGAGAACUGUCGUGUCCAGUCAGAACUGCGCAGUGGACUACAAUUUGCAUUUUCAAUGACAUUCAGCGAUGAUCCUGAGAGGAAACAUCUGUUUACUGCCCGAACUGAAGACACAGUUCAUCAAUGGGUUUCAGCAAUAAGAAAUGCCACGUACGAGCAUUUACGAUCCAAGUCUAUAGUUCUUCAGGAGAAAAUCAACCAUCUGACAGGGAAGGAUCCGCUACUGAUGUACCCCAGAAACCAUGGAACAAUAAGGAAUUUGGAAGAGGAUAGGGAGGAGCUUUCGCUACCAAAGGCUAUCAUUUCGUCGUUUCAGAGUCAUGUUUCUAUGGGAGCUUCUUCCCUAGUCACAGAAGCAAAUCUAAUUGAUCUGUAACUAUUAUUCUUUAACAAAUAUUGUUUGUUCAUUUCGUUGCAAAGCAACUAGCUUUACUGUUCCUCUAGUUUAAGUUGUUGAGUAUUUGGUCCAGGUGAAACCAACUGUAUUCAACUACCGUAGUUUUGUAGAGGGCGUGCUAGUAAAACGGGAAGAUAUACGAACCAUUAAUAGUUAUUACAUUAUAGAAAAAUAUGAUCGUGUUUAAAAUUCCAAUAAGAUGAUAGCCUAUAAUAACUUACCGCAAAACAAACUCCUUAUUCACUGACUGGAAUUGUUUCAAUCUGUGUCGUUACAAAUGAGUCAUCAUCUCACAUAUUGAUACUAGACCUACAGCUAUAAAUGAAUGCUUCAUUUUAAAUUGACAUUUUAAUCCGAAAUUCCACUUUUUUGGUUUCUGUUAGUAGGCGCUACAACAUCACAUUUUCCCGUUUCACUGGUCGACUGUGAACAAUGGUGAAUGAAAUAAUAUUAUUGAACUUAGAUCUGGAUUACAAAACAGUGCUUCUUCAAUUUUGAAAACGUAAAAUAUACAUUAUUUACAGAACUUUACAAAACAAUUGUGAUCAUUUAUGAAUUAGUUUUAUUGUUAGCGUGUAGGCCUGGAGACAGAAACUUAAAUUUAGGGUUAGGUAUGAUUGUGUUCAGCUGUCUUAUCCCUUAUACAGUACGGUACAUGAAGAUAUUCUAUGUUUCAAUCUAAAUGAAGACAGUUGGUUGCGUUUAAGAUUCAUGAAGAAUGAAUGUAAUGGUCAGAUAGUAGGUAGUUUUCAAAGUUUCACAACACUUCAAUAUCUGCUUUAUUCGUGUUAGUAAAUAAAAAAAAUUAUGAUAAUUAGUUGGGUAGGUACUCACUACAAGUUUUUCAUAAUAUUACAAUGGCAUUACAAGUCUUCGUUUAUUUUAUUGUCUGUUCAACAUUAUUUUUUAUGAUAGCAGAUGUAAAAACGUUUUUUGAAACACACCUAAACCGGUCGGUACAUUCACCUCUCAUUGAUCAUCUCAUCAAAGCACCCAUUAUACCCAUGUA